AUGUCGGACGAAGCUUCUAAUUCUCACAAGUUUUGGAAUACACAGCCGGUGCUGCAGCCUGGCAGUAAAGGGGCGGAUCGUGUAGGACCGUUGGAGCAGCAACGGACUGUUGAAGAAGUUUCCACAGAUCCACUUCCUGUUCCAUCAACAUGUGAGUGGUGGACACCAAACAUGGAGGAUGAGAAUGACAUGCAUGCCAUUUACGAACUAUUACGUGAUAAUUAUGUGGAGGAUGAUGAUAGUAUGUUUCGUUUUAAUUAUCAGGAAUCUUUUCUUCGUUGGGCACUCACACCACCGGGGUAUCAUCCAUCAUGGCAUGUGGCCGUUCGACGUAAGCGUGAUCAGAUGCUUUUGGGUUUUGUCUCUGGUAUCCCUAUUACUAUGCGUAUGGGUACCCCAAAACGUAUUUUGAAUAAGAGGAACAAGGAGACUCAAGAAGAAGGAGAAAAAGAACAAGAAGAGAAGGAUAAGAAUGAAGAUUAUCUUGAACCUCGAACUAUCUGCGAAAUCAAUUUUUUGUGUGUACAUAAAUUGCUUCGUGAUAAGGGUAUGGCUCCUAUUUUAAUUCGAGAAGUGACACGUCGGGUGAAUUUGUGUAAUAUCUGGCAAGCCGUUUACACCGCUGGUAAGAUGUUACCAACACCUUUUUCCACAGGUCGGUACUUCCACCGUAGCUUAAACUGUGAAAAGCUAGUGGAUAUUCGCUUUAGUGGAUUACCGGCUUCCUAUAAAAAAUUCCAGAAUCCAAUGGCCAUGUUAAAAAGACUUUAUCAAGUACCUAAUACACCCAAAACUCGUGGAUUACGUCCUAUGGAGGCAAAGGAUGUUCCUCAGGUGACGAAACUACUGCGUGAUACUUUAGCCACUUAUGAUGUUGCUCCUGUAUUUAAUGAAGAGGAAGUGGCGCAUUACUUUUUACCACGCGAUGGGGUUUUAAUUACAUACGUGGUAGAACGUGAAGUGACGGGUGGUGGUAGCAGUAAUCAGAAGGACCAUACUCAUUCUGGUGCUGUAGGAACAACUUCAGAUGAUACGAAACAAAAUAAGGGAGAAUCUAAACGGGUCACAGACUUCUUUUCAUUUUUCUCUCUUCCGUCUACUGUCAUUGGCAAUAGCAAGUACAAUAUGUUGAACGCAGCAUAUGUGUAUUAUUAUGCGGCCACAAGUGUUCCCUUGUCGCAGUUAAUGAGUGACCUCUUAAUCAUUGCAAACCAAAAAGGUUUUGAUGUCUGCAAUUGUGUUAGUAUUCUUGGAAAUGGUUCUUUUGUGGAGGAACUUAAGUUCGCCUUAGGUGACGGUAGUCUGCAUUAUUACUUUUAUAAUUGGGCAUAUCCAAAUGUGGAACCAUCUGAUGUUGGCUUAUGCAUGUUGUGA